UUUUUGCUCUCUGUGUUUCUCUCUGAGAUCUGAUACAUAGAUCUCUCUCCAUCUUCUAAAUAUUAUGAGUUUUACUAUUUUCCUUAUAUAAAUCUCUGAACCUUUUUCCUUAUAACUCUCUCCUCUCUGAUCUCUGAUCUCUCUCUCAUACUCCAUCUUUACUGGACAAAAAGAAGAUCAUAGCACUUACACUGAUAUGAUCCAUCCCUCUCUUUAGCUAGCUAGCUUUGCUUGGUUUCUGCGUGCGUAUGUAUGUGUCAUGAUACCAACUUAUCCUUAUUCUCUUUCUUCUUCUUCUAAUUCUCCUCCUACUUCUACUAUGCCUAUUAUAGAUCUUAAUAUUGCUGAAGAUCAAAGCCAUGAGCUAAUUUUUAGCCCAACCCACCAACCUUCUUCUUCUUCCUCUUCUCUAUCAUGCCCUAUUCCCUUUAACCCCCCUCAGCAGGAUCACGCUGGAUCUUCCUACUGGGAGUCCAACAACCUACACAAUGAUCAUGUCGAUGCUGGGAAGAAUAUUAUUGCUUCAAGUGGGUCAUGGAAUGAUCAAGAAGAAAAGGGCGGUGUUGAGAUCAGAAAGAGGGGACUUAAACUGAAAGUUUGGAAGAGAUCAGCAUCAGGAUCGAGAAAGAGGGAGGAUGAUGAAAAUCAUCAAAUAACGGAGGACAAUGAUCCAGUGAAGUGGAUGCCUUCAAAGAUGAGAAUGAUGAGGAAGAUGAUGGCUUCAGAUCAUAAGGCUUCUUCUUCUUCUUCUUCUGAUAUCAGUAUUAUGGGCACCUCUCGGAAGAUUAUUAACUCUGAAGAUCAGAACCAGAACCAGAACCAGAAUCAGAAUCAACAAAGACCAUUGUUAUUGUCUCCUCGAGGAGGAACUGAUAAUAGCAGCAGCAGCAUCAAUUCUUCAACCCACAGUAACAGUAACAAUAAUAAUAAUACUAUCACUGUUAGGGUUUGUGCUGAUUGCCACACCACCAAGACCCCUCUUUGGAGAAGUGGACCAAGAGGUCCAAAGUCACUAUGCAACGCUUGUGGGAUUCGACAAAGGAAAGCGAGGCGAGCCAUGGCGGCGGCGGCGGCUGCUGCAAACGAGUCGCCGGAUCUGCAUGUGGCUGAGAAAUCUGCAGCAGUGAAAGGUACUUACAGGGUUCACAGCAAAGAGAAGAAGUUGAAAUUGGAGUGUGAGACUCAUCAGAUGAAGAAGAAGAAGCACAAGCUUGAUGAAGAUCAUCAUCAGGACAUGGAAGCUAACAAUAAUAAUAAUUCAAGAGGGAGAUCAUCGUCGUCAUCACCAACAAUAAUAAACAAGUUUAGUUUUGAGGAUUUCACAGUAAGCUUGAUGAGUAAGAACUUGGCAGCUGCAUCACAAGUUUUCCCUCAGGAUGAGAAGGAGGCUGCAAUUCUUCUUAUGGCUUUAUCUUGCAAUGGCCUAGUUCAUGGAUAGGAGUUGAUCUCUCUCUGUGUCAGUGUGUGUACUGGUUUACUUAAUUUUCUGGUUUCUACUUUCUGGUAAUUAGGGUUUUUGAUGAUGAUGAUAAACUUAUUUUCAAAUAAUUUGUACUGUGUGUAGUCAAUGUUUUUGUACUUUGUUAUAAUUAUGAGAAGGGGGAGGCAAAUGAUGGAUAGACAAUCAUGAGAUGGGAAGUGAAGAAGGUUUAAUUUUUAAGAUCUUAUGUUAGAUAUUGAACAAGUGGAGACAGCCAAAAAAUGUGGGUCUCUUUCUGUUCAACAAGUUCUAAUAUUAUUAUCUCGGAAAAUUCAAUAAAAUUUCCAGGAAUUACUUUAUUUA